AUGGACAUCGGCAGCUGGGCUCCGACGGUCGGGGACGGCGCUGCCAAUUUCACAGCAGCUAACCUCUGGCCGGAUUUCCUGAACGCGUCGAGUCCGCCGACCCGGUGGGACAGCAGCCCCCCUGCCGAGGGGACCGCUGGAGAUGGCCAGCAGCGGCUCAUCCGAGAGCAAGCCUACCGGGACUUCACCACCACAAUUCAAGUUUUCAUCCUCAUCGGCUCACUCAUCGGCAACGCAACAGUGCUGUGGUGCACCUGCUGCACCAGUGUCUUCAAAUCUGUCACCAACCGCUUCAUCAAGAACCUGGCGUGCUCGGGUAUCUGUGCCGGCUUGGUGUGCGUUCCCUUCGACUUGGCGCUGGGUGCCAGUCCUCGCUGCUGCUGGUGGCUUCACACUCUGCUGCUCUGCAAGGCCAUCAAGUUCCUCCACAAGCUCUUCUGCUCUGUCACUGUGCUUAGUUUUGCUGCCAUCGCCCUCGACAGGUACUACUCAGUGCUGUACCCAUUAGAGAGGAAGAUCUCAGAUGCAAGAUCCCGAGAUUUGGUCAUCUACAUCUGGGUUCACGCAGCAGUAGCGAGUAUCCCUGUGUUCGCUGUGACCAAUGUGACUGACGUGUAUGUCACCUCGUCCUGCUCAGACGAGCGUGCCCACUCCCUGGGCCACAUGGUGUAUGUGCUGGUCUACAACGUCACUACAGUGAUCCUCCCUCUUGCUCUGGUCUUCCUCUUCAUGGUGCUAAUCCGCAGGGCGCUCAGUGCCAGCCAGAAGAAGAAAGUGAUCAUUGCUGCGUUGCGGACGCCUCAGAACAGCAUCUCCAUCCCCUAUGUGUCCCAGCGAGAGGCCGAGCUACAUGCCACCCUUCUGGCUGUGGUGCUGGCUUUCUCUGCCUUCAGUGCCCCUUAUGGAGCCGUCGUGGUCUACCGUACCAUUCUGGCAGAGAGCGAAGAACUGCCCACGUCGCUAUACCUCACAGCCAUCUGGCUACCCAAGGUGUCCCUGCUCACCAACCCUCUCCUGUUUUUGACUGUCAAUCGCUCAGCACGCCACAGUUUGCUGGACCUGCUGGCCAGGAUUCAUAGACGCUACAGCCGCCGUAAUGUGGUUGGCUCCGGGGGUUUGGCAUCGCUUGGGGGAGAGGGGGGUGUCGGUGGGUCGGGGGGGCUGGAGACAGCUGGCCGCUCUGGAAGCCAGCUGCUGGAGAUGUUCAACAUUGGUCAGCAGCAGAUCUUCAGACCUGAGGAAGAGGAGGAGGAGGAGGAUGUGGAGAAUGAGAUUCCCUCGAUGGGAUCAGGAGCCUGCUCUCAGCCCAAAGAGGACAACAGGGGGGGAUCCAGGCUAGGGAGCCUCAGAGGGGAGAUGAUGCCUAAGAUGGACCCUCUGCCAGGGACAGGGGAAGGGCUGGUAAUGACCAAGGAGGGCCAAACUUCGGUCACAGCACCCCGGGUGUCUCCAGUCCAUACAUGUGCUUAUGCAUCUUCAUCGCAGGUGGCGCCAGCUACACCCACAGAGACGGAGGAUGCCACUCAGUUUGGUUUUGGUCCCUUUGAACUGCCUCCUCAGUGGCUGCCUGAGACCAGGAACAGCAAGAAGAGGCUGCUGCCUCCACUGGGGAACACGCCUGAAGAACUGAUCCAGACCAAGCAGCCGAGGCCACGGCCAGAACGGCGCAUUAGCAGGAACAACAAGGUCAGCACCAUCCCAGCUGUUGACCCCUGAACGCAUCAUAUUGGCCCCUGACCUGAACACUGGACACAACUCAAUACACUGCCGGCCUCUAAGGCUCACCAGCCUUUGCCAAGAUAUUGAUGUGUCAGGCUGCUUGGUGAGAUGCUUGGUUUGUUUUGUUGAAUUUCAAGCUUUUCACUAAACUCUAUUGAUUUUCACAGGUACACCAGUUAACUAUUGUAGAAGUCCCAGAUUUUACUGCCCAAAAGCUGCAUCCUUGUUGGAUUUCAGUUUUCUUAUUGAAGUGAAAUGUUUUGAAACUCACUUUUAUGCAGCCAAAAAUGUAUGGUCUAGUAACCAGUAAGUCAAAUUCUGCAACAUGUUCACUUUUACUUCACUACUUGUGGUUCAGCAGUAGUUCAGUGAUGAGGGACUUCUACCAUGGCUACCGCUACAGAUGAUUGAACAGGCAGAAACCUUUUUGUAAAACCUUCUUAUUUGGUGAGAGCUGGCAUCAGCAAUGAAAUUAUAUACAAUGUACAAAUCCAAUAAUGCUGAGAGGUGCACUGAAACUGGAUAUAUUUCUACAGGAAAUAAUCAACAAGAAUAGUAAUCCUCUAACAAAACAUCUGAUAAAGUUAUGAUGCUGUGAUUUGACAGUCUGUAAAUGAAUACAACUCUGCAUCAAUCCCUUCAGUUAUCCUGUGUGGGAUUGUUUUUGUAACCAUGUUUGACCACUUUUACUUCCUUUGGAAAUUUUUCAAAUGGGCAGACCUUUUACUGGCCUGUUUUGUUUGUAGGUCUUUCACUUCCCAGUUUUGGAAUAUUUGCAUUUCUUCUGAUAUGGUAGAUGUUGUCAUUUGUACUCAAAGUGUAAGUGAAUUUGAUAAGUUACAAUAUGAUAAUGAAAAUGUACAGG